AUGGGAUCUAAAAUGACGAAGCUGAAUGAAUAUAUGCUGAUGGAUGUUGAUGCAUUGGACUUUGCGGUAGAUGGGGUGAGCGAAAGUGAAGAAGAAUUACCCUGUGGAAUUGAUAAGGUCAGUAAUGCACCAGUAUACCCUUUCUCAAACUCUUCGAACGUUCCAAAGGAAAAGAAUUUACAUUUUGUAUUUGGUCCCAUAGUCUCUAAGAGUGUAGCAUUCAAUAAGGAGCGGGGUAUCAAUGAAUUGUUCCCUAUGCAUAUUCCCUAUUUUGAAAAUUCUAUUGAAUACACCCAAUAUGUGUCAAAACUUUUUGAAAUCUAUAAAAGCUUGGGACAAGAUAGACAGUUCAACAUUCCCGCUAUAGGGUUAAUUAAGCAUUCUUAUACUUUGGAGCAUAACCAGACUGUUAAUUUGGCUGUUGAGGCAAUGGUUUCCGAGCUGGAGUUCUUCAUUGAGUCCCUAAAAUUUUCUCACAGACACCAAAGGCUUAUUGAUUUAGAGGAGUGUUUGACUAUUCUGAACUGUUUAAAGACCAUCCAAUUCACUCUGGAUUCCGAGGAGGCCGAUUCUCGCAUGAAAAUGAUCAACUCAUUAAUUAACUGGGUGAAUAGAUGUGACGGUGAGCCCAGUGAUUCGGUUAUCGCUGCUAUUCUUGAUAGUGACAGCAAAACGCCAACAAGGGACAAUAUAUUUUACUGGAAGGUACUAUGCCAAUUGAUAUUAAGAGGACUAUUUGAACAAGCAGUUGCUACAAUUAAAAAAGCGGAAUUGUUGUCGUAUCUGGAAAAUAUUUGUCCUACUACAUACACUAUGGUACAAGAUAUGAUCAAUUUGUUACAAAGUUACCCUCGUGAGUCCGAUUCUAUGUUUCGGGAGUGGAAGGAACUGGUUUUGAAUUUGUACAAUGACUGGACGCAAUCUGUGCUAGAAAUACCAUCAUCCCUGAAAUCCUCGCUUGAAGAUGUGCUGCUACUCAUGUCCGGUAAUAAAACAAAGAUACUAUACUAUUCCAAAACAUGGUAUGAAUCUUAUUGUGGUUUGAUGUUGUACUAUAUUCCAUCUCUUCAGCUUUCGGAAGAAUAUUUACAAUUAGCAAUCAAAGAACAUCCUCUUGACGUCACAAAUUCGUGGGAACAAGCCUGCGCAGAUAUCAUUAUGGGGAAGAUCUAUUCGAUUUUACCAAUUUUGGACUCUUUGGAUAAUUGUACUGCAGCUUUCACAGCAUCUAUUUGUGAAGCCAAAGGUUUACUUGAUAACGACCUAAUUGAAGAUGGUAUUUUUGACUACGGGAAUAUUGAGCAUGACAUAUUUGGUGCGAAAACUACAAUGUCUGGUUACUUACUUAACCAAUUCGCCUUAAGCAUUGUUACCAGUGGAGAUAAAAACAUGUGGUAUGUAGCAAUUGGUAUCAUAUCACUAACACCAAACUUUAGCGACACUGCCAAGAGAAUGACAAUUGCAGAAUUGUUGCCACAUUAUCCAUUCCAGACAAACGAUGAUACAGAAUGGAUGUUAACUAUAUGCGCGAAGUGGAAGCUUCCUCAUAUUUCUAGGACAGUGUAUAGAAUAUUGGGUCAAGAAGCGUUAUAUUUGAACAAUGUUAUUGAAGCAAUGUCAAACUUCAGCAAGGCUGGUGAAUUUGAAUGGGUUAAGCACUAUUCAUGGAUGAUUUUUGAGGCAUCGAUUCUACAAGGUUCACCAUUAGAAGACGAAGUCGUGAAUGCUAUUAUCAUGAGUAAUGAGCACUCCGAGAUACCUAAGGAACUAGUGGAUGCUAUGGUAACCCCAGCAAUGAAGCAGUCUUUGUCACCUUACGCAGUUCUUUUUGAGUUUUAUAUCGCAAUUGACGGUAAAAGGUGGGACGAGGCAUUAGAACUGCUACUGUCAUUAAUUGAAUUCCAAUACUUACCACAGAAGUACUUAGUCCUGUUGUUAGGCAGGUUUUUGUUUCCAAUAUAUCUUCAGGAUGACGACAAAGUUAUGAGGGAACAAGAAGUCCUGCGGGUGAUUAAAGCCCUUGAUAAACUAGGCGACGUACCCAACGAAGUUUCUUGUGCCAUGUAUCGAGAAUUAUUAACUAAAAGCGAUGACUUACCUAAUGAGAUAUCGUCACUCCUGGUAGCCAUUAGGACGAAACUAAGUUUGAAACUAUGCCGUGAAUUCAUGUAG